CAACAGGUACCUGUUUGCUCAUUCUCGUUGACGAGCUUCACUUUUUGCAUCUUGAAUAAAAGAUAAAUGGCAGGACAUGAUGAAUUGAGGCUUGUACUCAUUGGUAAAUCAGGACAUGACUGUAUCAUGACACAGAUGGCAACUUGCCUCCUACAUUUUCCCCAUCUGUAAAGGAGGUAUGACCUCCAGCAACCCUGCUUCAGCUGUACAGUUCCAUAUCAGCAAUCCCUCUGACAGAAAGGAUGAAUCAACUGAAGGAGAUGAGAAUUGUCUUGCUUGGGAAGACGGGAGAUGGCAAAAGUAGCAGUGGAAACACUAUACUGGGAGACAGUUCAAGCAAUACGUUUCAAGCCAAGUCUUCACCUUCUUCUGUGACCAAAACAUGUGAGGCUCAUAUGGGCCGUAGGGCUGGUAAAGAGACCUCCAUUCAAAUAAUUGACACUCCUGGAUUUUUUGACACUCGUCUGUCUGAGAAGGAGCUAGUGACUGAGGUUUUUCGAUGCUUUACCAUGAGUGUGCCAGGACCCCAUGCCUUUGUCAUUGUGCUUAGGCUGGGAAGAUUUACAGAACAGGAAAUUGAAACUGUAGCAAAGAUAAGAGAAUACAUUGGAAAUGAUGCCUUUAGAUAUACUGUGGUCCUGUUCUCAAAUGGCAAUGAUCUGGAUGAUGAUCAGACCAUUGAACAAUUUGCAGACCAGAGUGUAGAGCUGAAGGAGCUGGUGAAGAAGUGUGGAGGCCGCUGUCAUGUGAUCGAUAAUAAACACUGGAACCAGCAACAUGAGUACAGGAGCAACAGGGUUCAGGUGGAGAAGCUGCUGGACACCAUCGAGGAGAUGGUCAGACAGAAUGGAGGAGGUUGCUACUCUAAUCAGAUGCUGCAGCUGGUAGAAAAACAAAUACAAGAUGAACAGAAGAAGAUAGUCGAGGAGAUGAAGGAAAGCAUAAGUGAGGCAGAGAUUAGAGAAAAAGCAAAAGAAAAAGUUACUGAAAGUCUGAUAGCAAAGUUUGGUAAGCUGCCACUGUUAACUGUCCUAGGAGCUUUCCUUGGAAUUGGACUUUGCGUAGCUAAAAUGCUAAGGUGAUGUGUCACUGCAGUACAACAUGUCUACUGUACUGUGAUGUUCCUAUAGCUGUAUGAGGUAAAUAGAGAGAUAUGAAAUAAUCUAAUAAAAAGUUUGUUUUGCAUGCAUUGUUCCCU